GAGAAUUGCAUUUCUUUCACAAUCUAGAGAAGGAUAGUAUUUGGAAUAAUGGCAACAGGAGACCUAAAAGGAAGUAUAAGAAAAAUAGAGCAAGGACUUCGCUUGAUAAAUUAUCCAAGAGAUGUGGAUUAUACAGUGCUAGUAAAAGGUGAUCCAGCUGCAUUUUUACCUAUCAUCAGCUAUUCUUUUACAUCUUUUUCAACUUACAUAGCAGAGCUUUUGGUAAAGUGCGAUGUGGAACUCACAGCAAAGAGUGACUUGCGUUUUAUUGAAGCUAUUUACAAGCUUCUUCGAGAUCAAUUUCAAUAUAAACCAGUUUUAACAAAACAGCAGUUUCUUCAGUUUGGCUUUGUGGAAAGAAAAAUGCAGAUUGUUUGUGACAUUAUCAACUGUGUGGUGAAAAAGCAUAAGGAAUUAAGUAACUCGAAUAAGGUUAAAUCCCAAGCAAGGAAAAAACCCAGAUUGUUUAAAUCUGAAAUAAGGUCAAAUUGUGAUAAUGUCAUUACUGAUAUUAGUGACCGUGCUCUGAACUCCAAACAGAAGCCUUUAGUGGAACGGCACUCAGGAAAUGAAAUUAGUGGUGACCUUCAUCCAUUACCCCUUCCAGCACAAGGAGGUAAUGAAGAAGAAUUGUGCCUAGAUCAUGAUGUUGUCAAAGUUAAUUGUGAACAAAGGACAUGCUCUUGUCCAUAUUUUCAGGUCAUAGAAGAUAAUUCUCAGAUUGAGGCCCUGAAGAGUCAGCUUGCUGAUUGCCAGGAAAAGCUUCAUAAACUGGAUUGGAUGGAAGAUAAACUGCAUGUUUUAGAAGAGAAACUGGAAGGAAAGGUGAUUAUAGAUGAGAAGGACUGGAAUAACUUGUUGAGUCGAGUUUUGCUUCUUGAAACAGAACUGUUGUUGCAAUCCAAAAAGAGAGAGUUACCUACAGAGUUAAGCAAUAUAAAUCAAGAAGGUUCUUCUAGUAGGAUUCCAGUUUCCCCUGCUUAUUUGAUAGCUGACCUUGCAAUAAGAGAGCAAAAGGCAAAGGUGACCCAAAACCAACUGUUUCUACAUAGAUACAGAGAGGAAGGAAGAGAUGCCAGAGUGUCUUCAUCAGUUGUCUGGAUACAGUUCACUAUUAUCCACAGACCCAUCUCCCAAAGCUGUGACCAUUAAUUCUCAUGAUCUGACAGACAUUUCGAAGGAGACAACAAGACAAAGAAUGGAAAGGAUAAGUAAAAUGUAAGUAAUAGGAAAGGGCAGCAGGAUUUCAUUUCCCAGGAGGCAGUUGUACUGGACUGAGGCAUAUAGAGAAUGUACAUGUGUUCCAAACCUCAAAGGUCUCUACAUCAGGUGUGGCAUUUCCUUAUGACUCCCCUGGAUAAUAAAUCCACUUACAGUUCUGUAUUUGUGGGAUGAGUCACUGUUUUGGUUUCUAAAAAGCAGUAGAAAACAUUCUUAAUAGUAUUAACUAGAGAUUAAAGAGUGUUUAGAAUCUGGUUGACAAAGAAUUGAAAUAUUGUUUAUCUUCUGAUAGGAAAUCCCAGGUACUUGCAACUUUUCUUCCAUUACCUUAACUCUGUUUUUGUUGUUUCAAGUAAAGUAAAACCAGUUUCAGCUUAAGCAUUGUGAUAACUCUAAGGUGUAUUUGAUACUAGUCCUGAGAUCUGUAAUGAAUUUCUUUUUGUAAGAAAUAUUUUCAUUAUACUUGCAGAGAAAUGCGUUGCUUGUAAUGUUUCUUUAGCAAGAGAUUUUCUAUUCUAUAAAGGCCUGGUCUCAAAAACGCUGUAGCUUUUUUUGUGAUUUAAUUUUAUUGUGUAGCUUACUUUAUGUAUAGUUAAGGUUUAUAGAUAUGUGGUAGGCAUUUAAAAUACAAACCAAUUGCAGAGGAAAAGUGGGGAUGAGUGGAAACAAGGUUUCAUUAUGCUUGUUAAUAUUUUGGGGACAUUAGAAAGUUAAAGGCAAGUCAGUUAUUUCUUACCAUAUUUUAAUAAGUGUUUGCGUGU